AUGAAGGUGGAGAUAUUGUUUAGAGAUAUAAUUGCCACUGGGGAGGGAUCUUGGGCACCAUCCAUAGGGUUGGUUCCUAAUGAUAUUGGUUUCAUAGAUAGUGCAGAAGUAAUGCUUAAUGAAGAUGACAAUAUUGUAGAAUGUUUAGAUGUUUUGGAUGAUGAACCAAAUCUCAAUACACAUGGCAUUGAUGAUAUUCCUGCUGAUUUAGAUACGCGGGAUAAAGGAAAUAAGAAGUUUGGUCUUGCGGUUCAAUGUAAGAAAAGAAAGAAAGGAGUUCAAAUUGUUAGUGAACAUUUGAGUCGUAUUUGUAAUGUAAUAGAAAGUAAGAAUACAGUGACAUCUAAGAGCUACGAUAAGCUUGGAUGUAAUAUUGAGGAGGUAAUGGAUGUUGUUCGGGGGAUUGCUGAAAGAGAAAAUGACAUUGAUAUCCUUAAGUUUGCAACAGAGGUAUUUCUUAAGAGAUCACAUAGAGAGAUGUUUGUGACUAUUAAAGAGCCAUGGUUGCAGAUUGACUUUAUUAAGCGAAUGGGAAAUAGAGAAAUUAACCGUCGUAGCAUGGAUUAA